CCAACCCAGCUUCACGUGGUUACCUCACCCUCCCUCCAGGACUGGCUCCCCAGGACAUAUAAACCUCUUUGGACCUCAGGCUUGAGUCAGCAGGGCCACCCAUCCAGAUACCUUGCAGCAGAGCUUCACAGAAGAAACUCACCCAGCCUCCACACCAACGGCCUUCUGUGCAUGCUGCUGCAGCUGUGGUCCCAAGAUGAUAGCUCUCUGGCUGCUGUUUCUGGCCUGCCUGGUUUGGGGAAUGGGAGCCAGGACAGCGCAGUUACGGAAGGCCAAUGAUCGGAGUGGCCGAUGCCAGUACACCUUCACUGUGGCUAGCCCCAUUGAAUCCAGCUGCCCCAGGGAGGACCAGGCCAUGUCAGCCAUCCAAGACCUUCAGAGAGACAACGGCAUCCAACAUGCAGACCUAGAGUCCAUCAAAGCCCGGCUCAACUCCCUGGAGAGUCUCCUCCACCAACUGACCUUGGGCCAGCCUGCUGGAACCCAGGAGGUCCGAGAGGGGCUACAGGGCCAGCUGGGUGCCCUGAGGAGGGAACGGGACCAGCUAGAGACCCAAACCAGAGAUCUGGAGGUAGCCUAUAACAAUCUCCUACAAGACAAGUCAGCUCUAGAAGAAGAGAAGAGGCAACUGGAACGAGAGAAAGAAGAUCUGGCCAGGAGGCUGGAAGGCAGCAGCCAGGAGGUAGCAAGGCUGAGGAGGGGCCAGUGUCCCCCAAUCCAACCCUCCUCUCAGGCUAUGCUGCCAGGCUCCAGGGAAGUCUCUCAGUGGAAUUUGGACACGUUGGCCUUCCAGGAACUGAAGUCAGAGUUAACUGAGGUCCCUGCUUCUCAGAUACUGAAGGAGAAUCCAUCUGGCCAGCCCAGGAACAAAGAGGGAGAUAAUGGAUGUGGAGUGCUAGUCUGGGUAGGAGAGCCAGUCACUCUGAGGACUGCUGAAACAAUCACUGGCAAGUAUGGAGUAUGGAUGAGAGACCCCAAGCCCACUCAUCCCUACACCCAGGAGACCACCUGGAGGAUUGACACAGUUGGCACAGGCAUCCGCCAGGUGUUUGAGUACAGUCUGAUAAGCCAGUUCGAGCAGGGCUACCCUUCAAAGGUUCACGUGCUCCCCCGUGCGUUGGAAAGCACGGGUGCCGUGGUGUAUGCAGGGAGCCUCUAUUUCCAGGGGGCUGAGUCCAGAACUGUGCUCAGGUAUGAGCUGAACACCGAGUCAGUGAAGGCUGAGAAGGAAAUUCCUGGAGCUGGCUACCACGGACAGUUCCCAUAUGCCUGGGGGGGCUACACAGACAUCGAUUUAGCUGUGGAUGAAAGCGGCCUCUGGGUCAUCUACAGCACAGAGAAAGCCAAAGGAGCCAUAGUUCUCUCCAAAUUGAACCCAGAGAAUCUGGAACUUGAGCGUACCUGGGAGACCAACAUCCGGAAGCAGUCCGUGGCCAAUGCCUUUGUUAUCUGUGGCACCUUGUACACCGUCAGCAGCUACUCCUCAACCCAUGCGACUGUCAACUUUGCCUAUGACACUGGCACUGGAAUCAGCAAGACCCUGACCAUUCCAUUCAAGAAUCGCUACAAAUACAGCAGCAUGAUCGACUACAACCCCCUGGAGAGGAAGCUCUUUGCCUGGGACAACUUCAACAUGGUCACCUACGAUAUCAAGCUCUCUGAGAUGUGAGGGCUCCAUAUCUCUACCUGUGAAGGCAGAAGAUGAUGAAGUUUGAGGCUCUUGGGUGAAGCAGCUGCAGGGAGAGUCAGCCAGCUGAGUGGAGCUUUCCUCUGCUUCUCAAGCUUUCAUUCAUCCAGCUCAAUGUGCAGAGUCACCAUCUGACUAGACAGGGAUGCAAACCCAGGGACUUGGACAGUUGCAUAUACUAUAUUCUCUUCUGUCAGCAUUUAAAAGGGUGUUCAUCUAUAAAAGUUCAUAUCUUGUAGCAGUCUGGAACAAAUACUAUAAGCAUGGUCAUUUCUUCAUGAAGCCAUUGUCUUGCAAGCUGUGUGGUUACCAUAAGCCUUAAGAAACAGCAGUAGUUCUAAAGAGAAAUGAUCCUGUAGAAGGUUCAUUUUCUACAGUCCCUAAAGCUUCAGAUAGCAUUUAGUUGGGCAGUAUUUAACCCUUUGCCCUGUGAAAUAAAGUCAUCUCAUACAA